AUGGAAGCAAUCAGUACCAAGCUCACACAAACCGUCGAUUUUGGGACAUACGUCAUUAGUUCCCUGGAACAGAGUGUGGAGUUAUUAACUUUCAGUAAAUCGGUGUUUAGUUAUUCUCUGUCGUUGUCAUUCGGCCGUUCCCGUCAGACAUUCUUUUCCGCGGCGGUGAGCUUCGCGAUACAUACAUACGAAGUUUUAUACGAUCGUCAUCACUUACUAAUCAACUCUUUGGACGCUUCCAUGGCACAAUACGUCGAACUGACUUGGUUCGCUUGGGUUCUGGUGAUGUGGGUCGUGUUCACAUUUGCAGUGACCGUUUAUUACUUGGUUCGUUACUGUUGGGCUGGUGCACGGUAUCUGUGUGAGAAGGCCGGUUUACUGCAAAACUCUUCAAAUGUGGAACCGAUCGAAGCGGAGCACUUGGAUUAA